CGAAAGUCCAUAUUUGCCUUCAGUUGUCUGGAGAAGAGAGUUAUUUAACCAAUACUUUUAAUUCGUUAGAGUUUUCUCACCUUGAGGUGUUAGGCGCUCAGAAUUUGCUAUUGUAACACGUUUGAAAGUUUACAUUCUCAGCUUCCUGUUUUGGUUGUCAGGUUGUCUUAAUCUCACCCUUGUGUUACUUCUGAAUAUUGUCAAAUACUUUAUUUUUCGAAUAUAAUCUCGCGUACUGCUCUUGACACUCCUACAGAACACGAGGUGCCUUCAAGCUAAACGCGAAUCUACCAAAGGAUAUAGGUCACACUAUUUUCGUGGUGUUUUCAAGAAUGGCAGAACAGUCUGUUGAAGAAGGCGAUUUGGAGAGCGAUAUUAAAACUGAAUACAAACCACCCGAAAAACGCACUCUGGAAGAGAUCAUGAAUCUAGACAAGGAAGACGAAAGUUUGCGGAAAUAUAAGGAAGCACUAUUGGGUCCAUCUGUUGGCACGUUUAAGAUUCCUUUUCCAGAAAAACCUGCAAAUGUUGUGUUCGAGAAGUUCUGUAUUCUCGUUGAUGGGCAACCGAAUAUUGAGUUCAAUCUAUUGGGUGAUAUCUCUAACUUUAAGUCGAAACCUGUCUCAAUCGUCGAAGGCUGCAGUUACCGUAUUCAAGUCGUGUACUAUGUACAAAGAGAUAUUGUUUGUGGGCUACGUUUCAAGCAGUGGUUACGUAAAGGCCCUAUUCUAGUUGAUGAAAUUUCCGUAAUGCUAGGCAAUUUUCGUCCUCAAGGACACCCUCAUAUCUGGACAUCGGACCCUGAAGAAGCCCCUAAAGGUGUUUUAUCACGUGGCUUAUACAAAAUUGUGAGUCAGUUUAUCGAUGAUGAUAAAGCGGAAUAUAUCACCUGGAAGUGGUGUAUUAAUAUAGUUAAAAAGUCUGCAGAUUCUUAACAUUAUAUAAAUCAGUUUUUGUCCACAUGAAUAUGUCUGCGUGUGUUUGUAUCAAUUACUAUUGUUACUUCAUUUUCAGACUUCUUUUCUAUUCAAUUGUUUUCGUUUCAUGUCACGAUAGAUGUUCAUUGGUGUGUUGAUGAAUGUACAUCUCUUUGUGUUGGUAUGCUUUAUAUAUAUUGCCGUUUAUACUCUUAGCAUUUUCCCACAGAAACUUCUGCUUCUUGUCAUUGUCAUAUAUUUUCUUGUAUACAUUUUGUUCUACCUACGAUUUUAUUCAUUUGUUCGGUUUUUAGUUAUAUAAACUGUUGUCUGACGAGCACACAUUUGCUUUACAUGUAUAAUUGUUCGUGUCGAUUUACGGUGUCAUAACAUAAGAUUUUACUUCUAUUAUUGAAAUUUGUAUGUGUUUAACUGAAUUGUGUUCAUGAAUUUCCAAUUUUUUUUACCCGUAUAUCAUUCCCUGAUGUGCGUGUGCUGAAUCCCCAUUUGUUCCUCUUAAUUCUACGUAUAAAUCUUAAAUGCAUAAGUAUAGACAACGAAGGUUUUCAGAUGUGUUUGUUUUUAUUUAAGUUGUCUAUUUGUAUUUUGUUUAUUGUAAUAGGACAUCACCAAUAGUUUUCCAUUUUUGAGAUUCUAUGCAUAUACCCGAGUUAUUAUAUAUAUAUAUAUAUAUAUAUAUAUAUAUUUGGAGUGAUUUUUCCAUAAGACAGUCUGAAGGAAGGAUCGUCAUUUACAUUCGCUCUUUUCUUUACUAUCAGUAAAUGUGUUGCCUUAUUUUCUUUUGCAAUAAAACAUACUGAUGUACUAUAACAGUUAUUAUUGAUUUUCACAGCUUCUGUGUUGCUGCACACUAGAAUGAAAUAACUAUUAUGUAUUAAUUUUUCCCUGUUUACCAAGUGACACCAACUAAUAUUGGUAUGGAAAUAUAAUUUGAAUAUCGCGAUGAGUGAUUGAAUAAAUUUGGUCGCUGUGUUAACCUUUCGGUCAAUGGUUUGACGGUUAAUUCGUUCAACUUAUUGCCACUAAUUUCCAGGUUCAAAUACAAUUACACGUACUUCGGUUUGGAUAACUGGCUAGUAUCACUAGCCCUCAUAUUUAGAGUGUGCGUCAUACUCAAGUACCUAGCGGGUGGGUUAAUGAAUUAAUUUUCUUCGGCUGGACGUAUAGUAUAGAUAAAGUUUCAACUUGUCACUGUCUACGUGUAAUGAAACCGGAAUGUCAAUCGUCAUAUACAAAUGACUAUCGUCACAUGUUUUACUAUCCCUUAAUUAUUCUUAAUUAAUUAUGUACUGUUUGUCUUGGUCUCUGCCACUUGUGGCAUGAUUGUCUUCAAAGUAUGAUUUCUUAUUUGGGAUGCUGUGUAUUCUGGUAAUUCCCGUCUAUAAGAUAUUGGGUGUUUUAGAAUUUCCUGGCUGGUUGAUUGAAAUAUAUAUGAUAAUGAUCAUAGAAGCUUGGCCGCAGACUUCUUUAUGAACUCAAGGCCGGAAAUUGGAAAAAAGUUUUCGGAUAGGCGACCAAUAGGGUUGUAGCUUACGUUAGCUCAAUAUCAAUUGUAUUGGUCUAGUUGGUUAAGCGCCUGGCGCGAGACCGAUAGGUCAUGGAUUCGAAUCUCGCGGGGAGCGGGAUCGUGGAUGCACACUGCUGAGGAGUCCCAUACUAGGACGAAACAGCCGUCCAGUGCUUCCAGGUUUCCAACGGUGGUCUAACAUCAAUUGAUUCAUGAUCUCAAUCAAAAACUUAACAAUCUCCACAACCCCUAUACUGUCAGUUGUAUUGGUUAGAAAUGAUCAUUGCUCAGGGCCAUAAACUAAUUAGCAAAUGCAGGGUUCCAAAAUUAUGAUAGGGUAUUCUGAUUGACGAAUUUAGCAUGUGGUGAUGUUGAAGCAGUACGUUCAAGAUGCACGAUAGCAGUUUCACACUUGUCCAUCUUUCCUCACAAUCUUCUUACAUGUCAAUGUUCUAUUGAACUAAUGCACAUCACCCUGUUACAGAGUUUAAAAGAAACUGAUAAUAGAAUAGUGAGAUCCUACCGUACCAAAUUAUUUACAAUUGCUUCGAAUAAUUAGUGUAAUGGGAAGAAGAAGAAGAAAUUGGUGAUCUAACUAAAAACACGUAUCAUCACAGACACAAUCAGCACUUUGUUCAACUUUUUAACAUUUCUGACAAGAUAUAAAUUAAAUUUCAUAUUUAGCCAAAAACGAGUGCUUAGUUAAGCAAUUUUUGUGGUGAGCAUUAAUAGAAUAUAAGUAGUAUAGAAUAUGUCCGUCGGAAUGCAACUAUUCGAAAAACACGGGAUAUGAAUGUGUGCAAUGGGAUCGUAAAUAACGUAUCAUUUAUGAAAGUGUUAUAAAGGAAAAACAUAUGCAAUUUCAUUAUUUAAUCAUAUUUCUCAUUUAGAGUAGUCAAUUUAUUGAUAUUGUAAAUUAUAUACACUAAGUUAUUACUUACUUACGCCUGUUACCUUUCGUGGAGGAACAUAAGCCGACCACUAGCAUUCUCAAUCGAACUCUAUUUUGGACGAUCCUUCCAAGUUGUCUCUAGUUGCUAUUCAUCCUUUUCAUGUCUGCUUCCAUUUCUCGGUGCAGUGUGUCCCGUGGCCUUCCUCUUUUCCGUUUCCCUUAGGAUUCAAAGCGAGCGUUCGCCUCUUGAUGCAGUUUGAUGAUUUCCACGAUAUAUGUCCUAUCCAGACAGAGUGUGUGCAUCCUCGCUGAUGUUCGUAUUGAGGAUUUUGGCUUUUAUAUUGGUUGACAGUUGUUUUGAGCUUACAUUAAAUUACUUACUUAUUAUUAACCACUAUCGGUUCGAUGUAUUUAAGUUUAUUUAUUGACCGAUUAUUUAAAAUGACAUAAGUCACGCUGUAAUCUUUAGUUUGGUUUCGUGGAUUUGUGACUGAUGUAUAAAUAAACCUUUAUCACUGGUCUUAGUUUCUUUGAUUUUAACAAUUUCAGUCUUUGUUCCUUCAUAAAGUAGCAUAACAAAAUGGUAAUAUCAGUUUUGUGUCAUGUUAUUAUAAAAUUGAUAUAUUGAGUGGAACAAUGUUAGACCAUCAUUAAAAACCGGACAGCCAUUUCAUCCCAUGUAUUGGACUCCAGCAGUGGGCAUCCGUGAUCUUGCACCAAAGGGACCUUCGGUCUCGAAUGUGGACGCUUAAUCCUUAAACCACUGAGCCGACAUCCAACGGUGUUAAUAUCUAAGUUCAACCAAUCCACGAUAUUGCACAACUGUCCACCAUCGUAUGCAGUGAGUAACUGCCUCACAACAGACCCGGUUGAUCUCCACUGGUCACGGCUUCUCACUAUAACUCCAAGAAAUACAUCUUGAAACCAGUCACUAGUGAUCACAUGAUAAUGAUCAGUAUAGGAUUGGGGAGAUUGUUGACUUUAGAUUUAUAUCAUGAAUGGAACAAUGUUAGACCACCCCAUACUAGGACAAAACGACCGUCCAGUGCUUCCAAGUCUUCAAUGGUGAUCUAACGCUGUUCCAUUCAUGAUAUCAAUCUAAAUUCAACAAUCUCCCUAACCGUAUACUGAUAAUUAUUAUAGAAUAUUUUGUGAAUUAAGUAGUUUUUAAAAAAUAUUGACUACUGGUGUUCUAGUUGUAACUCAUUAUUGACCUGUUAGUUGUUGUUGUUGAAUAUUUUACUGUUUAUAAAGGUCACGAAACAACCAAUGGUUAUUGUUCAAUUCAGACAGUUAUUAACCAAUUUCAGCAUUUUUAAAAAGACAACCUUAUUGAUCACUCAAAUUUACAUUUUCGAAGUAUAAUUUACAAAAUCAUACGACUCUGUUAUUGAUUUGCAUCAUGAAAUAUCCUUUAUUCAUUAAUAAACUAUGAUCAGCAGUUCGGUCCGUCCUACUUUAUGGCAGUGAAACAUGGCCGGUAAGAGUAGA